AUGUCUCAUUUGGACAUGAUGGGAUGCAAGAAGAGGAAGAGGGGAGAGAGGGUUUUCAGGUUCAAGACAUUCGGAGAAAAUGGGUACCCAAUUGAGUUUGAUGGGUCGUUUCUUGAGAAUGUGAAGGCACUUCUUGAAUUAGGGCAAUCUGAGAGCAGCUCAUGCAUUGGAGUACCAUGCUGGUCGUUUGAGCUCGAGAUCAAUCGCCAGCCACCUCUUCAUAUCUUGCUUUACGUGAUUGAAGAGCCAAUUGAGGCUUCGCUCAGCCAUCACUGCAAGCACUGCUUAUACGUAGGCUGGGGUCAACAUCUAAUUUGCAACAAGAAGUAUCACUUCUUGUUGCUCUCCAAGGACAUAACACCUGCUUCAUUGAUCUUCAAAGGUGACUCAAUUAAUGCAAAUCCAAUGAAAGUUAAGUUGAACUUAAUGGAAGCACACGGCCACACCAUGCAUGGCGUCUUCCACUCGAACGGGUUCGGACAUUUGAUGUGCAUUAACGGGUUGGAAUCGGGUUCGGACUUGCCCGGCUUCCAGAUCAUGGACUUUUGGGAUCGAUUGUGUACUGGUUUAAAAGCAAGGAAAGUGAGUUUGAAUGACGUAUCCAAUAAAAGAGGCAUGGAGCUGAGGUUACUUCAUGGAUUAGCUUAUGGCGAGCCAUGGUUCGGUCGCUGGGGUUACAAAUUUGGCCGAGGAAGCUACGGCGUCACUCUUCCCAUGUACAAGAAAGCCAUAGAAGCCAUUCAAGGCAUGCCGUUAACUCUACUUAUCCAUCACUUGGGAAACUCCGGCCAUGACGUGCUAUUGAUCUCCUCGAGGUAUCAAUCACUGUUGGACCGUACCUUGGUCGGCCUCGGCGACCUCUUCCAUUUCAUGUUGGAGCUCACGACCCGCGUCCCAAAAUCAAACUUCGUCGAUUCGUAUUACAGUCCGGGCUUCCUUCUGGAGACCGCGUGCAGAUGGUCACCGAAGCGAGUCGAGAUGGCGACCCGAGUGAUUGUCGAGGCCCUAAAGAGAGCCGAGUUCAGGUGGAUCUCAAGGCAGGAAGUCCGGGAUGCCGCCCGUGCCUACAUCGGCGACACGGGGCUAUUGGACUUUGUUCUGAAAUCGCUCGGGAACCACGUCGUGGGGAAAUACCUGGUUCGUCGGAGUUUGAACCCUGUGACAAAAGUUCUAGAAUACUGCUUGGAGGACGUGUCCAAAGCGAGUGUAGAGUCAGAAGGUUCAGUCACGAGCAGUUCGAAUCUCAGAACUCGAUCCAAGAUCACUAGGGUUCAACUCAUGAAGGACAUGUUUUGCGUUUACAAGCGCAUCUUCAAAGAGCGUGAGCUGGGAACCAACACCUGCAUUAGCGACAACGUAUCACUAGCGGCGAGGAUCAUCUUGGACUCCAGAUACCUUAUCAAAGAAUAUGUUGGAGAUUUGCCAUCCAAAUUGGAGCUUGGUUUGGGAGGAAAGUUCAAACUAUUUUGCACGGUUUUGUUGAGGGACACUGCCCGUUGCGAAUGGAAGACUAAGCUGAUGCCACCCUAUGAAUGCAUUGUACUGAAAGAAAAUGCCACCGUGAACGAGCUGAAGGUCGAGGUGGAACGGACUUUCCAGGAAUUGUAUUGGGGACUAAAGAGCUUCGUCGCGGAAUCCAUCGUCAAUCUGAACACUAGCGGGUCGGAGAUGAUCUUCGGGCUUGUCGAAGUGGGACACAGGCUCGUGUUCGAAGGCAGCAUCCGAGAGCAAGGAACGAUCGCACGGGACGCGUACGAAUGCGGGGCGGAGGGCGGCCGUGUGGUGGAUUGCGCUUGCGGCGCCAAGGAAGACGAUGGUGAGCGAAUGAUCGCUUGCGCCGUGUGCGAAGUUUGGCAACAUACGUGGUGUGUUCAGAUCCCGAACAGCGAAGAAGUUCCGGGAAUAUUUCUUUGCAAGAGAUGUGAACAAGUAAUAAUGGUCUUACCUUCUCUGCCAUAA